AUGGAAAGAAGCAAUAAUAUCACUGUGUUUAUUUUCUUGGGACUUUCCCCAAACAAGAACAUUGAAAUCCUAUGCUUUGCACUAUUUUUAUUUUUUUAUAUUGCUAUUUUAACAGGAAACUUGCUCAUAAUGAUUUCCAUCACAUGCACUCAGCUAAUUGACCAACCCAUGUAUUUCUUCCUCAACUAUCUCUCACUCUCUGACCUUUUAUAUACAUCCACGGUAACCCCCAGACUAAUGGCUGACUUAUUGGCAGACAGGAAGACAAUUUCCUACAAUAACUGUAUGAUACAGCUCUUUACCACCCACCUCUUUGGAGGCAUUGAGAUCUUCAUUCUCACAGGGAUGGCCUAUGACCGCUAUGUGGCCAUCUGUAAGCCACUGCACUAUGCAACCAUCAUGAACAAGCAAAGGUGCAACACAAUCAUCAUCGCUUGUUGUACCGGAGGAUUUAUACACUCUGGAAGUCAGUUUCUUCUCACCAUCUUCUUACCUUUCUGUGGCCCCAAUGAGAUAGAUCACUACUUCUGUGAUGUGAAUCCUUUGCUGAAAUUAGCCUGCUCUGAUACACACAUAAUAGGUCUCCUAGUCAUUGCCAAUUCAGGCCUAGUUGCUCUGGUGACCUUUGUUGUCCUGAUGCUGUCUUACUUUUUUAUAUUGUAUACCAUCAGAACGUACUCUGCAGAGAGCCGCAGCAAAGCUCUUUCCACAUGCAGUUCUCAUGUGACAGUUGUGGUCCUGUUUUUCGCACCUGUAUUAUUCAUUUACAUGAGACCAGCCACGACAUUCCCAGAAGAUAAAAUAUUUGCUCUGUUUUACACCAUCAUUGCCCCCAUGUUCAACCCUCUGAUAUACACACUGAGAAACAUGGAGAUGAAGAAUGCCAUGAGAAAAGUGUGGUGUCAUCAAAUACCCCCGAAACAAAAGUUAAAUUUUAAUUAUUUCUGUUCUUGGUGCCAUGAUUCCAUAAGACCACAUCUGUAA